AUGAAACUUGUAAACGCCACCUUCAGUCUCAGUAUCUUGUCCGUUGCCUUGGGGUUUCAAACAAGAUCACCGCUACAAGCUUCACCGAAGUCUACUUCUACUCUAUCAGUCUUGCCUGUCGAGCACUUGAAUGAUGUACAUUCGGCAUUGACCGAUUCCUCUGCCUUUUCAUUUUUGGCCGAUGCUUCCGCGGCUGCUACUGAUGUCAAGAAUAAUAAGGGACUAUGGGAAUCUUAUAUCAAUUUAUUCAAGAUUGCUCUGAAUGGGAUCCAUGACACAAUUGAUGGGCCAUUGAAUAAGGCUGGAAUCACACAAACUUGGGGUAUUUCGAUUGCACUCUUUACCGCCACUUUCCGAUCCCUGUUGCUACCACUUUCGUUGCAACAAUCAAAGCAGGCCGAAUACAUGAAAGCCCUCAAGCCUUAUCAAAAUGAAAUCAAGAAAAAGUUCAAGGACAACAAGGAUGCCCAAAACCGUGCCAUGUCCAAAUUGUUUGAAGAUGCCGAACAAAAUCCAUUGGCAGGAUGUGCCAUUUCUUUGGCCCAAUUGCCAGUUCUAUUGGGUUUGUACAGAGGUAUCCGGAACUUGGCAAUUGAUGGCAAUAUUGAUGAACCAUUCUUGUGGAUCCCAUCUUUGCAAGGACCUGUCACUGCUGAAACUGACUAUCGUGGUAUCGAGUGGUUGACCCAAGGAUGGGUAGAUGGAGCUCCACCACUGGGAUGGGAAACUACUCUUGCCUUCUGCAUCAUGCCAGUCUUGCUGGUCCUAGGUCAAUCCAUCUCCAUGUCUGUUUUGCAGCCACCACUGGAUGAAGAUGCACCCAAGGCAGAACGAGAGCAAAUGGAAAAGACUCAGAAAUUUCUCAAGUUCUUGCCCCUGAUGAUUGGUUUUUUCUCUCUCCAAGUUCCAGCUGGUCUCACCAUUUACUGGUUCACAACCAACUUGUUUACUGUGGGGUCUACUUUGGGGGCACGAACCUAUUACAAACUGAAUCCUCCGGAAAUUGAAUUGCCGGAAUAUUGGGACUCGAUUGACAAAUUGGAGGAGAUGAGUACCGAAGACAAACGAAAGGCCGCCAAGGCAGGAUUGCAAGUGGGACCAUCCUAUCAAGAUAUGCUGGAAGAAUCCAAAUUUCACGCAGUGGUGGAGCGACAGCCCCUUCGUACCUCGCUUCCUGGUGCCAGUUCUGAAAUUCCUCCCGAGUUGGCUUCCUGGGUGGCGGCUGCCGGAUCUACCAGUAAGGACUCUAUCGCAGACCAACAACGAAAUACCACCGUGGUUGCCUCAGCAACGGCAUAA